AUGUUAUUUACGGGAUUUGCGCUUUGUUUAACAUUUUUAAUUCUUUUGGCUUAUUUUUUCAAUCUACCUCGAACAUAUUUAAAUUUUUGGCCGUGGACUGAAUCUGAUAUAUUAUUGUCAGGAAUUGCUUCAAUUUUCUUUUUAAUUUUUUCAUGUUUAGAAGCAUAUUAUUCAACAGGGGGCUGGGCUAAUAAUUGUAACGAUAUUGGAGGGGAUGGAAUUAUUCACAAUGGAUGUCGCCUAAUUAUUGAAUGGGCAUUUGCAGCGGUAAAAAAUGGAAGGGGGAUUUUUUACAAAUUUUUUUAUCACACAACUUUAAUUCCCAUAUUUUAGAGAUCCGUAUCGUUUGAAUACGGAUCUCUGAGAUCAGUAUCGUUGUUGGGCCUCUAAAUUUAUAGAAUUCUUUCAAACCUUCGCUCAGUUUUUCAAUAGAAAUCUAAAGAGUUAAAAUUUAUAAAAUUUUUCAAACAUAUGGGGGAAAACAGGAUUUUCACAUAGCAUGCCAAAGCCAAUGUUUAAAAUUAUCAAACCACACCAAAGACAAAAAAAUAGGCAACAAAUAAUUCGAGACAUAAACUCAUUUCGCAAAAAUUCACUUUAUUUC